AUGACACGUACUAAGGCUCGCCCGGGGGGCACGAGACCGACCCUGGCAAGUCGGAGUCGGGACAACAUUUCCAGGAUUAUAAAUUCAAUAGUUGGCGCUGCCAGAUACUGCAUUGGUUUCGGUCAGACAUCCGAUUGUUCGAGCGACCGUCGCGUUGUAAUACCUUCAAACGGGUGGCGUGCACAGAGCUGCGAGGGGGAGAGAGAGAGGGAAGAUAUGGCUGCUCCUGAGUGCGAGCGAGAGGCUCGUAAGCGGCGCGAACGCCGCGAUUCUGGAUGCGCCCAUGAGCGUAAGGAGAGAAGGCCGCACAGCGAAGAGAGACUACCGCCUCCACCUCCGCCGCCACUGCUUCAUGAUUACAAUCGACUUGAGUCUGAACGACGUGCAGAAAGGCUGUCUCGCGCACGCAGACCACAGUUCGGCAAACGACGGCGAGCGCCUCGCCUACCGCGACAGCCCAAGGAAAAUGACUACCACCAAGAAGACACCCGAUGUGGAACCCCACCACAUUUCGAAUACGUUGUACAGCAGAAACCAGAAUCUUGCGAUGAAAUCGAGAGACCCCAUAGUUUUCACCGCGAGGAGGUCGAGUACACUCGUCGUGACGAGCGUAGUGUAGCCCCUCGCAGAACCCAAGCCAGUCCCGACAGAAGACUCGAGAAGAUUAACAAGAGGAUCGUGAUCCUCAAGAAGACAAUAUUCAAAUACGAGAACGAAUUCGAGGCACAAAAUGGCCGCGCGAUCUCGCCAAACGACCGAAUAACAGAUCUCCAAUACAACCGGAUGCUGGAGACGCUCCGACGCCUGCAAGCGGAAAAGCGCUGCAUCAAAUCGGACCCAGUGGAGUACGCGCUUAAGGUCCAAGCUGCAAAACAGCAAAAGGAAAGGGAUGAGAGGCUGGAGGUAGCGCUGAAAAGCGACAAGCCGAUGACGGAAAUUGUACAGGAUAUUGAAGAGUGGAUUGAUGGCUGUCGUCAAGCUGCCGGUAGAGCAGCAAUACCAGAAACCUCUUGGACAUCAGCGCAAUUAGCAGCCGAGAAAGCCUGCGUGCAGCGCGCUUUAUUACGCCUUGAAGCAGCACGUGGGAGGCCAGCAGCGAAUACUGCUGAGCGCGGUGCAGCGAGACACCUCUAUGAGCGAUACAGAGCUGUCAAACGGAGCCUACAGUCAAGAUCUGAUAUUAUGGGAACGAACGGCGAACUGGCGACGAUCCACGAACACGAGACCAUGUUAUUUACAAGCGUGGAUAGCUCCAGCGAUUCACAGGAGAAACCUUCGGACUCCUCACAGGAGACCACUGAGACUCCCUUGCAGUCUCCCCCUACCAGGGAUAUAAUGGAGGAGAUGCCGUCAUCCACAUCUUCCGCCAAGUCCGCUACCAGCGAAGAGACACCCUCCAACGAAGGCCUCCACUUCCUGGGUCUUGAGGAUUUGGCCCGAGCUCUCAGUGAAGCUAAGAUGCAGAAAUGUCUCCUUCGACGAACCAUCAAAGAAUACGAAAUGAACUUCGAGAUGCAGAACAGCAGAAAGGUGCAGAGAGACGACAAGAAGGGAAGAGAAGAGGAGUACCAGAGAUACAAAGCUGUCAAGGCGAGGAUAAAAUUAUUGAACGCUCUAAUCAAUAAACAGAAGUCAUUGCAAUAA